AUGGACGACGUGUGGAGCGACACGGACACCAGCAUGACGCCACUCCACUCUUCAUCUUUCUUGUCUACGGAAUCGUCUUCUACCCCACCCACGUUCCUCACCACCUACCAAACUAGUCUCAUAUCCGCCUAUACAUCGCAUAGCAAUCGCGUCAGCGACCUCAUGAACACCGUCGUCGACCUCGAGAUCAGCGUGCGGCGAGAGCGCGACGAAUCGAGCCUCCCGUACCUUGCAAAAGAGCUGGAAAGGGCGCAAGAGGACUUGUUGUUGCAUAGAGAUGCAAAACGAAAGAAGAAGAGGGAGAUUGAGAGAGAGGAGGAGAACUUGAAGACGGUGGUUGGGAAUGGGUCAGAAAUGGCGAGGAGGCAGUUGAAUGAGAUUGGGACAUAUAUGGAGAGGGAGAGGACAAUAGUCUGUCUGCGUUGA